UCUCUGCGGAGAAGAACAGGCGGAGUUUUGCCCUCACACACAGUUGUUGUCUAAGAGUACAGUCAGCGUGUGCGAACCCAGGGUCGCACAGAGAGAGAGAAAAAAAACGGCGCUAAAGGGGCUAAGCAUGCAUAGGACUCCAGACGUGAGUUGGAAACUGGUCCCAGUACCGAACUGAAGCCCCUUUAGCGCCUCUCCGGCUCCGACUGGGAGGUUAUUAUGCCCGGGGUAAGCGUGUCUGUGCGAAGUUUGUCUGAAGUGGAGCAAUACCUCAGCAGCCGGAUGGACCGGAGCACAGAAGCUGGAUUUCUCAGCCUGCCUCCAUCAAUGCGUCGGGGUUCAUCUGACAACAACCUAGACCUAGACCUCAGUGAUGGGAGUCCUCGUUCUGCUCUCGUCUCGGAGGUCCACCGGAGUCGUUCCUGCCUGGACAACCUCCAGCAGAAGAUACUGAAGGUCACCGAGCAGCUGAAGAUAGAGCAGACGGCCCGGGACGAGAACGUGGCCGAGUACCUGAAGCUGGUGAACAGUGUGGACAAGCAGCAGUUAGGGCGCAUCAAGCAGGUGUUUGAGAAGAAGAACUACAAGUCAUCCCAAAACAUUGCGCAGAUGCAGAAGAAGCUGGAGCAGUACCAUCGAAAGAUGAAGGACAGCGAUGUUCUUCACAGUCCACCCCAUCGGACUUCCUCGGCCAAACGCAGCACCAUACCCAGGGAGUCACCCAGACAGCUGAGGGACAUGACCAGCAGCGGCCGGCACCCAACAAUGGACAAGAUCAAAACCAUUGGACCUGGCGUUUCUCUCUCCCCUCCUUUCUUCUUCAGCAAGCCCAGAGAGUUUGCCAACCUCAUCAGGAACAAGUUUGGCAGCGCAGAUAACAUCGCACACCUCAAAAACAAUCUGGACACGUCCUCUGCGCUGCCCUCUGACAGUGUAGGAAAAGGGCUGAGCAGCAGCACCUCUAUGGUGAGCAAGCCCAAGUACACCAGUGAUGAUGAGUGCUCCUCUAUUUCAGCAGACAGCAACGGGAACCCUGCUAUGGGCGGAUCCAUUGUAGGACAGUUGCAGAGUCCGGGGCAGGGGCAGCAAGUAGUGGGAGACAGCCAAGGCAGAUUGGAGCUCUGCUAUGAAGAGGUGAGAGAGAUCAAGGAAGCCCAGAGCCAGCUAGAGGAGGACAUUGAGGAGAUUAAAGAGCAGCUCAAGAGAGAGUACAGCAUUCUGAGCCAAACACUACAAGAGGAGAGGUACAGAUAUGAGCAUCUGGAGGACCAGCUGAAUGAUCUAACAGAACUUCAUCAAAAUGAGAUGACAAAUCUGAAGCAGGAGCGGGCCAGCAUAGAGGAGAGGGUGGCCUACCAGGCUCAUGAAAGGGCCCGGGACAUACAGGAAGCCCUGGAGUCAUGUCAGACCCGGGUGUACAAGCUGGAGCUCCAACAGCAGCACCAGCAGCAAACAGUGCAGCUUGAAAGCCCAGACGCUCGGGUCUUGCUCGGGAAGAGCAUCAACAUCAUGCUGGCCAUCAUUACUGUUAUCCUGGUGUGUGUCUCCACUGUUGCCAAAUUUGCCGCUCCACUCAUGAAGAGUCGGUAUCAUAUGGUAGCAACGCUGCUGGGUGUGUGCUUUUUGACCGUAUUCUGGAAGAACUGGGACCGUUUACAGUAUGCCAUAGACAGGAUGCUGAUGCCUGAAUAGCAAUGAGGAGAUCACUCUAAAAAUAAUAUUCACUUUAUCGAUGUUAGUUGUAAUAGAAGGGUCUCAGAAGAUUGGUUGUACAAUCUUCAGAAGAUGUGAUUGCUAUCAUUUUAGUGGUUUAUGUUUUUAAAGACAGACUUAAAUAAAAUUUUGGUUUUUAGUUUUGGUUGAAUGGAAAAUGAAAUUGGUUUAACUUGUUUUGUUAAACUAAAAAACAAUAUUUGUUACAGUACAUUUGCUACUUUCUUAAUAAAAUUGUCAUAAAAUAAUAUAGGUCAAAGUUAGGAUAAAGAAAGGUAAGAAAGUUUGUUUACUGAAAAAAAAAAAAAAACCCACUCUGUCCCAUUUUGUUUCAGUCAGAUUUAUGAUGUAGCUCAAUCGGAAACACACUCAGGAGCAAAAUGUUACUGAUAGUGUGUUUUUGGUCUAAAAGAGUGGUUGGAUAGCGCCAGCAGCCACUUGAAUUAGCAUCAAGAUACCAACAUAUUGCUAAGCUAAGAAUCUUAUUUCAGAUUCACAAACAAGAUGCUGCCCUAAAUAGCAAACUAACACCAAAAUCUCUCAAUUUGAGAAGGUUUGGUUUGCAGGCAUUUUUAAAAUACACCUUUUUGCUUCCUUUCACCCGCUUAAUUAAUGCUAGCAGUGUGUAAGGCUAAUUUAGCUUUAGAUUAGUCAUGGAUUGCUAUGCUAAUCACCUCAAUUUAGAGUCACACACAAAAUGCUUCCGAAAAUGUGCUAACUAGCAACAGCUUCUUAAUUUGUAUAAGUUUGGUUUCCAAGCAUUUUUAAAAUUCACUUAGUUGCAUUCUUGCAACUUAAAAGUUAGUGCUAGCAGCCAAUUAGCCUAGCAUCCAAUUUGAAGUGCUAAGUCAAGCAUUUUAUUUUAAAAACUAAAAUGACAUGCUGUCCAAGAUUGGCAAUCCAAAACCUCUUCAAUUUUGUUUUAUGUACAGACAGUUUUAAAAUAUACUUACAUGCUCUAAUGCUGCGGAUAGCAAACCAGUUCACUAGAUUCUCAUUUGAGCUGCACAAAUGAGAUACUGUCAAAAUAUGCAAAACUUUUUAAUUUCAAAAUAUUGAGUGCAAAGCUUUUUGGUUUUGGACAGAGCUAGAAGCUUUAACGUAUUUUCACUGUAUGUGACCUAAACAAUCAGACUGCUUCUUACUAAAAUGCUGAAAUACUCUAUGUGAAGGAGAUGAUUCAUUGUUUCUUUUUGUCUAAAACAGUAGUUGGGAACAUGAACACCUGUUUUCUUGUUUCUGAUAAGAUAGUUCUAGCAGGUAAUUGGUUCAGUUUAGCAUAAAAAAAAAAAAAACAAAAAAAACACUGUUAAGCUAAACACCUCAUUUGAGAUUCUCAAAAGAGUUGCUGUCCAAAUUUUGCAUGCCAGCAUAAAGGUCUGGCUUGCAGACACGUUUAAAAUACACAUACUUGCUUUCUAGCAGCUAGGAAGCUAGUGCUAAUAGCCAUUUAGCUAAGUUAUAUCAUUAAAAUACCAUCAAAUUGAUAAGCUCACUUUAUAACACUGAAUUGAAAGCUCUCCAAAAUAUGCAAACUGGAAACACAGCCUCUUAAUUUUGAAAAGCUUGGUUUGCUAAUUUUUCUUUUUUCAUUUGGACAGAGCUGUUUUAGCAGCUUGCUCUUGUUUUCACUUUAUGUGUGAGCUUCGUUUGCAGACUGCUGGGUUCCAAAAUGUUAAAAUAUUCUACUUAAGGGAGAAACUACAAACUAAAGCAGAAGUGUCUGGACAUCUUUUUUUUAGUUUCUGUUACUCUUUGCAGUCUUAUUUAUGCAAUGUGUUCCUCUAUCACAUUUAACUUGCUGUUUUUAAUGUGCAAUAUGUUUGACUUCUAGGAGCAUUAUUUAUAAAAUAAUUCUUAAAGGAGUGAGCAUUUUACAUUAAUGAUUUACAGGAGUGACAGAGGGUUAUUGCUGAAAACACAUGUAAAGAAGUGUCAUUAAUGCUGUCAUGAGAGAUCCAUAAACAUCUAGUCCACUGCUGGAGUCUGAUAAAACCAGAUGUCUCCUCUCUUAAAGGCCAAAAAUCAAUGCCGCGCUGCAUUAUCUUGACAGUGGCAUGGUAACAGCAACCCAACAGUACUCUAGUACAGCCAUAGACACACAUAUGCACAAAAAGGCAAAAAAAAAACAAACACAUUUUGUCACUUGAUUUUCUGUUUUAUAAAAGUCUUAAGGCCUUGCCCAGUUUCAUUGCCCUGUUUUCUAAUGUGAGGUAGAGGAGGAGGAUUAUACUGUGAGAUAGGACUUUUUUCUUAGAAAAAGUGCAGUUCUUUUUAACAACUGCCUUGAGUUUCAAAGGAGAACGUCACUGUUUUUUGUGAUUAACUACAAGCCAAUGUUUUUGAAAUCACUAUUGUAAUAUUUUAUGUUUAUCUUAUGAACAUUGUCUAUGAGGACAGCACAUAAAUGUAUAAGGACCACUGAUGAUGUUGGGUUUUUUUUUGUUACCGUAAUAGCAGUUUUGUCAUGGUUUGUUGCACCUUUUUAUUUUUACUCAUUUCAUUUUUUUUCUUCUUAUUUUUUGACACAUUUGAGGAAGUUUUCCAUGCAGAACUAUGAUCUCAUUUACAUUCUGUAUUUAUCUGUGGUGCACUAUGUGAUCAAUCAGUUGUAUGUUUAUGCAUUUUGUGCCUUUGUCUGAUCAUUCCUGUUAAAUUAAACAAACCUUUUUAAUCAA